CGGAUCUACAAUUGCGUUUCUUAGCCGAGCCAACGUGUUGGACUCAGCGAUAUAAGCACUGAUCUUCUCUCACAUUUUUGGACCAGGGCAGGCAGAACCAUGUCGAUCCUUCAAAGCACUAAUAAAAGAGCACUGCGCAAGGCGUUAACCGCCACCCUUCGGGAAUUAUCCCAGUCCGAUAUCCAGUCGCAAUCACAGGCCAUCACCGAAAAAGUCCUAUCGCUGCCCGCAUUCCAGCAAUGCAAGACCGUCAGCUGUUAUCUCAGUAUGCCGGCAGCCGAGGUUCAGACGACUUCUUUGAUCUUGGAGAUUCUUGGAGAUUCAAGGAAGACUUUAUUCGUUCCUAGCAUCGCAUCCAGCAAUGGCUACAUGGACUUUGUACGAGCAUACACUGAAGAGGACUAUCGCAGCUUUCCGUCUGGUUUAUGGGGCAUUCCGGAACCAACGCCUGAGUGGUUGGGUAAAAAACGCCAGAGUGUUUUUGAUGCAGACUGCAGCAAUUUGGAUCUAAUCCUCGUGCCAGGUGUUGCCUUUGACCGAUCGCUCUCGCGGCUUGGGCAUGGAAAGGGCUACUACGAUCGAUUCAUAACAUCAUAUUCUUCCUCUACUGGGCGAUCGAAACCAUUACUAGUCGCGUUAGCUUUGAAACAGCAACUUUUAGAAGAGGGACAAGUGCCGAUGUUGGACCAUGAUUGGAAGAUGGAUAUGAUCAUCACACCCGACGAGGUCAUCACCGCAGCUCAAGAUAGAUGUGAAGAUCCGUGAAGAACGCUUCAGGCUUCACGGUUUGCUGGCCAUACACUUGUCAAUUAAUUGUCGAUGUGGCAUAUAUCAUAUUGGUGCCGGGGAGGCGGCGCUUCCCCUGGCUGGGGCACAGGAGAUGAAAGAAGUUGCACCGCUCUGUCACGGAAGUUAGUACUGGAUACCAUCUGAGUGAAUAUAUUAUCUUGCCCUGUUGUACGUGAGUCUGGAACAAUUACCAAUCGAUACGAUCGACCGCUUGGUAG